AACUCAUCGGCACCGCUUCCUUCCGAAGAAGUUUGCAGCCUGCCUCUGAGAGAGAUCCUUCCCCAGCCAUCUCUCCUCUCAUCUUUUCCAUCACUGCGGGCUGGCAGGGUCGAUCUGACCAGCGGCUCCCUCUCUUUGCCUUUUGUGCAUUCAUCGUCCAUACUUUCAGUACUCGUUUUAGUUGAAAUACUCGCUUAUUCCCACGCUGAUUGAUCAUAGGUUAGGAGCAAUUCGAUCGUAAGAGGGCUUGCGCGCUUGACAACAUCUCGUUGCAGCGGUGUUGAGUUUUGUGAGUUCAUUGGUGGGUUAACUUGGGGCUGAUAGUGGUGGUUGCGGGCUUUCGAGUGGGAAGCCACUCGAGGCGACUGCGCUCGUGUCUGACUUCUGAUUAGAUACAGAUCUCUCGGGUGUGUGCACGUUGUGAAGUUUGCUAAUGGAAGCUCUUCUCCGUGCACCCCUUACUCUACACUCUCAACCACAGGCAGCGGUGAAUGUUCAUGGUGGGAAUAGUUCCAAGUCUCGCAAGUUACUAAAGCAAGGAAACUGCGCGCAGGCAGUUGCUCGGGACGUAGCUGGAACUGGAUUGCAGACUGAUUCGUCAUUCGGAAGCCGGCAAUUGCAAGCAGGAUGCAGCUUUUCGGGUCUCAGGAAAACCGGGGGUCGGAGUUUGGCGGAGUCUUUUAAAAGUGACAAGUCAAGGUUAGUGAAGCGAUUUUGGGGGCAGUCGUCGAGGCAGAGACACCAGAAGUUCCUGCAACUGUCUGUGAGGGCGGGAUUAUCUUCUGUUCCUGAAUCAAACCUUGGAUUGUAUGAUCCUUCUUUCGACAAGGAUGGGUGCGGAGUUGGAUUCAUCGCUAAGCUCUCCCAGGAGUCGAGCCGUGACAUCGUUAAGGAUGCACUGGAGAUGCUUGAGCGUAUGGCACAUAGAGGAGCCUGCGGGUGUGAGGAGAACACGGGAGAUGGCGCUGGAAUCCUUGUCGGCAUUCCCCACAGCUACUUCUCUCAGGUUGUACCCGAAGAGAUAGGAUGCGAGUUGCCACCUCUAGGAGAUUAUGCAGUGGGUAUGAUGUUCUUGCCCACCUCAGAAAUUCGUCGAGAGCACGCCAAGAAGGUCUUUACCGAGGUGGCUGAGGCCCUUGGCCACACGGUGUUGGGAUGGCGCCGCGUACAGACCGACAACUCGGACUUGGGAAAAUCUGCCAUUCAGACUGAGCCUCUGAUCGAGCAAGUGUUUCUCACUGCAAGCACACUCUCGAAAGUCGACUUUGAGACGCAGAUGUACAUCCUGAGGAAGACCUCAAUGUUGGCAAUCCGAGCUGUUCUCAAUUUGAAGCGAGGUGCCGCCAAGGAUUUCUACAUUUGCUCUCUGUCAUCCAAAACCGUUGUUUACAAGGGGCAGCUGAAGCCGAACCAGUUAACAAAAUACUAUUACGCCGACCUUGGUGACGAGAGAUUUACCAGUUUCAUGGCAAUAGUGCACUCUCGAUUCUCCACUAAUACAUUCCCUAGUUGGGACCGCGCACAGCCCAUGCGCAUGCUCGGCCACAAUGGAGAAAUCAACACGUUGCGAGGGAACGUCAACUGGAUGCACGCUCGCGAAGGUCUUUUCAAGUGUAAGAACUUAGGGCUCUCUCCGGAGGAACUGAAGAAAUUGCUUCCAAUUGUUGAUGCUGGAUCCUCCGACUCCGGUGUGUUCGAUGGAGUCUUAGAGUUGUUGGUGCGAGCUGGGCGCUCUCUUCCUGAGGCUGUCAUGAUGAUGAUUCCCGAGGCAUGGCAAAACGAUCCUAACAUGGACCCGGAACGCCGCGCGCUCUACGAAUAUUUCUCGUGCAUUAUCGAACCCUGGGAUGGACCUGCCCUUGUGACAUUCACGGACGGGAAGUAUCUAGGCGCCACACUGGACCGAAAUGGACUCCGUCCUGGACGAUUCUACGUGACUCAUGACGGCCGUGUCAUUAUGGCGAGUGAAGUAGGUGUUGUUGACGUAGAGCCUGAGAAUGUUGCUCAGAAGGGGCGCCUUCACCCCGGGACGAUGCUGCUCGUCGACUUUGAGAAUCACAAAGUGGUCGAUGGCGACGACCUCAAGAAGCAACAAUCAUCCCGGUACCCUUACGCCGAGUGGCUCGAGCGUCAGAAGUUUACUCUCGAGGAUGUUGUGAACUCUGUGCCAGAAAAGCUACGAGCGCCUCCCGCAAUUAUUGGUGACAAGAACAUGGCUAGCCUGAACUUCUCCGCAGAUAACAUGGGUGUUAAGGGGUUGCUUACGCCUCUCAAGGCAUUCGGAUACACUAUGGAGAAUUUGGAGAUGCUUCUUCUCCCCAUGGCUAAGGACGGUUCUGAGGCACUAGGGUCCAUGGGAAAUGACGCUCCAUUGGCAAUGAUGUCCAACAGGCCCAAGCUCUUGUUCGAGUAUUUCAAGCAGAUGUUUGCACAGGUCACCAACCCGCCCAUUGAUCCAAUUCGGGAGGCCGUCGUGACAUCCACCCGGUGCAUGGUUGGUCCUGAACACGAUCUGACUGAGAAGGUUGAGGAGCAGUGCAAUCGUCUCUCCUUGAGCGGCCCCCUCCUCACUGUGGAGGAAAUGGAAUCAGUGAAAAAGAUGGAGUACCGCGGCUGGAAGACUAUGGUUGUUGACAUCACAUUCGACAAAUCUGAGGGACCUGCUGGACUCGAGAAUGCUCUCACCCGCAUCUGUGCUGAAGCUCGGAAUGCUGUGGCCGAAGGGUACUCCAUGUUGGUCCUGUCUGACAGAGCAACGUCGGCCCAAAGAGUGCCAGUGAGUUCUUUGUUGGCAACCGGAGCUGUACAUCACCAUUUGGUUCAGUCGAUGGAGCGUACUCGUAUCGGUCUUGUGGUCGAGUCGGCCGAACCUCGUGAGGUGCAUCAUUUCUGUACACUAGUUGGUUUUGGAGCCGACGCCAUCUGCCCAUACUUGGCGAUUGAGACCAUUUUCAGGGUUCAGGUUGAUGGAAAGAUCCCCAUGAAGGUAUCGAAGGAUGACCUUGUGAAGAAAUACUUCUACGCAAGUAACUCUGGAAUGCUCAAAGUUUUGGCAAAGAUGGGAAUCUCUACAUUGGCCUCAUACAAGGGAGCACAGAUCUUUGAAGCACUAGGACUUUCCUCCGAGGUUGUAUCGAGAUGCUUCAAGGGAACUCCAAGCCGCGUGGAGGGGGCAACAUUUGAGAUGUUGGCCAAGGACAGCCUCAGGUUACACGAAAUGGCGUUCCCAGCGCGCGAGGCACCGGAAGGCAGUGCCGACGCCAACGCACUCCCAAACCCUGGUGAUUACAGCUGGAGGAAGGGUGGUGAGGUUCAUCUGAACGAUCCCAUGGCCAUGGCCAAACUUCAAGAAGCUGCACGCACCAACAGUGUUGAUGCCUACAAAGAAUUUUCUAAGUUGACGCAUGAGUUGAAUAAGAAAAUUAACGUGCGCGGUAUGCUGAAAUUCAAGGAGCAGCCGGAGUCUGCCAGAAUUCCUCUGGAGGAAGUUGAACCUGCUGCAGAGAUCGUGAAGCGGUUCUGCACAGGCGCCAUGAGUUACGGCUCUAUUUCUCUUGAAGCACAUUCAACUCUCGCCAUAGCCAUGAACAAGCUUGGGGGCAAGUCCAACACAGGUGAGGGAGGAGAAAACCCUAAGCGACUUGAGCCACUUCAGGAUGGUUCACAGAACCCUCAGCGGAGUGCUAUCAAGCAGAUAGCCAGUGGACGAUUCGGUGUCACCAGUUACUACCUUACCAAUGCUGAUGAGCUGCAGAUCAAGAUGGCUCAGGGUGCUAAGCCAGGUGAGGGAGGAGAAUUGCCAGGGCACAAAGUGAUCGGUGACAUCGCUAUUACGCGUAAUUCUACACCCGGUGUCGGUCUCAUCAGUCCUCCACCACAUCACGAUAUCUACUCUAUAGAGGAUCUGUCUCAGCUCAUUCACGAUCUCAAGAACGCCAACCCUGAUGCGAGGGUCAGUGUGAAGCUAGUGUCGGAAGCCGGAGUAGGAGUUGUUGCUAGUGGAGUGGUGAAGGGUCACGCGGACCAUGUACUCAUCUCUGGUCACGAUGGAGGAACUGGUGCCAGUCGUUGGACUGGUAUCAAGAAUGCUGGUUUGCCUUGGGAGCUUGGUCUGGCUGAAACUCACCAGACCCUGGUAGCAAAUGACCUUCGCGGUCGCACCAUUCUCCAAACUGACGGGCAGUUGAAGACUGGACGUGACAUCAUGGUUGCUGCCUUGCUGGGAGCGGAGGAAUUCGGAUUUGCUACUGCUCCUCUGAUUACCAUGGGCUGCAUUAUGAUGCGCAAGUGCCACAAGAACACUUGCCCGGUCGGCAUUGCCACUCAAGACCCCGUCCUAAGGGCCAAGUUUGCUGGACAGCCAGAGCACGUAAUCAACUACUUCUUCAUGGUUGCAGAAGAGGCUAGGGAAUACAUGGCAAAUUUGGGUAUCCGCAAGAUGGACGAUCUUGUUGGACGCGCCGAUCUUCUAGAGGUGGAUGAGGAAGUCAUAGCACAAAAUGAGAAGCUCACUAACAUUGAUCUCUCCUUGUUGCUGCGCCCCGCAGCUGAUAUUAGACCAGGGGCUGCACAGAGAUGUGUGAUGAAGCAAGAUCACGAGCUGGAGCUCGCGUUGGACCAGAAGCUGAUCAAUUUAUCUCGUGCUGCGCUGGAGAGCAAGCUUCCGGUUUACAUCGAGACCCCUGUCGUCAAUGUGAACCGCGCAGUAGGCACAAUGCUAAGCCACGAGGUCACCAAGCGUUACAAAUUGGAAGGACUUCCCAUUGAUACCAUUUACGUGAAGUUAAAUGGGAGCGCUGGACAAUCUCUAGGGGCUUUUAUGUGCAAAGGUAUCACCAUGGAACUCGAAGGUGACAGCAAUGACUACGUCGGGAAGGGACUAUGUGGUGGAAAGAUUAUUGUGUAUCCUCCAAGGUCCAGCACCUUCGAUCCUAAAGAGAACAUCCUCAUUGGAAACGUAGCCCUAUAUGGAGCAACUAGUGGAGAGGCAUACUUCAACGGUAUGGCAGCAGAGAGAUUUGCUGUGCGUAACUCAGGGGCGAAGGCUGUGGUGGAAGGAGUUGGAGAUCACGGAUGUGAGUACAUGACUGGUGGAACCGUCGUGGUCCUUGGAAAGACUGGGAAGAACUUCGCCGCCGGAAUGAGUGGCGGAGUUGCAUAUGUGCUUGAUAAGGAAGGCACCUUCAAGUCGACAUGCAACAUGGGAUUGGUCGAUUUGGAUCCCGUGGUAGAGAAUGAGGAUGUGAUGACUCUUAAAGCUUUGAUCCAGCAGCAUCAGCGCCACACUAAGAGCCAGCUUGCGGGAGAAAUUCUGGCCAACUUCGAUGCUCUGCUUCCCAGCUUUAUCAAGGUUUUCCCUCGAGACUACAAGCGUGUGUUGCAAGAAAUCAAAGCGAAGGAGGCGGCAGAGCAACUGAAAGAAACUCCCGCAGUCACUGUAGAGGUUGUGACUACGGUAGCCAACGGCGCACCGAGUGGAAAGGCUUCAGUUACGGAGGAGGCGGCUCCUUCCACAAUCAGGCCUACUCAAGUGUUGAGCCCCGUCAAACACGGUGGAUUCGUGAAGUACGAAAGAAAACCGUUGCCUUAUCGACCUGCAGACGAGCGGAUGAAGGAUUGGGGAGAAGUGUUGGCCUCCGACAAUCAAGACGGCCUCGUGAAGACGCAGGCAGCGAGAUGCAUGGACUGCGGUACUCCCUUUUGCAACCAGGACAAGACUGGAUGUCCGUUGGGAAACAAAAUCCCGGAGUGGAACGAGCUCGUGUACCAGAACCGGUGGAGAGAGGCCUUGGACAGGCUUCUGGAGACCAACAACUUCCCCGAGUUCACAGGUCGCGUCUGCCCUGCUCCUUGCGAGGGAGCUUGCGUUCUUGGCAUCAUAGAAAACCCUGUAUCAAUCAAGACCAUGGAGUGCACGAUCAUUGAUAAGGGCUUCGAGAAUGGAUGGAUGGUUCCAAGACCACCCCUGAAGAGGACUGGAAAGAAGGUGGCCAUCGUGGGCAGCGGUCCAGCAGGACUUGCAGCUGCUGACGAACUCAACAAGAAGGGUCACUCAGUGACAGUCUUUGAGCGGGCGGAUAGGAUCGGAGGUUUGAUGAUGUACGGUGUGCCGAACAUGAAGACCGACAAGGUGCAGGUUGUUCAAAGAAGAGUAGAUCUCAUGGAAGCGGAGGGUGUUCAAUUUGUGACAAAUGCUCACGUUGGCGUCGAUCCCGUCUACUCGGUCGAGAAGCUGCGGUCUGAUUACGAUGCUCUGUUGCUCACAACUGGGGCAACGAAGCCAAGGGAUCUCCCUGUGGAAGGGCGCGAUCUGGCAGGCGUCCACUUCGCUAUGGAGUUCCUGCACAAGAAUACCAAGAGUUUGUUGGACAGUAACUUAGAGGAUGGGCAAUACAUCUCUGCCAAGGGAAAGAAAGUGGUUGUUAUUGGAGGUGGUGACACUGGAACUGAUUGUAUUGGUACAUCGGUGAGGCACGGUUGCACUAGGGUUGUCAAUUUGGAGCUUCUUCCUCAACCACCACAGACUAGAGCCGCGAACAACCCGUGGCCUCAAUGGCCUCGCGUCUUCAGGGUUGACUACGGGCACGAGGAGGCAGCCACCAAGUUUGGGAAAGACCCUCGCUCCUACGAAGUCCUGACCAAGAGAUUCAUCGGCAACGACAAGGGAGAAGUUACUGGAAUGGAGACUGUUCGCGUGAAAUGGGACAAGAGUGCCGAUGGGAGGUUCCAAAUGAGCGAGAUUCCUGGAUCGAACGAAAUUAUUGAAACGGACCUUGUUCUUCUGGCCAUGGGUUUCUUGGGUCCCGAGCAACUCAUUUCGGAGAAGCUUGGACUCGAGACCGAUGCCCGAUCCAACUUCAAAGCAGAUUACGGCAAGCACGCCACUAACUUGCAAGGUGUCUUCGCCGCUGGUGAUUGCCGCCGAGGGCAAUCCCUUGUAGUGUGGGCCAUUGCCGAAGGUAGGGAAGCAGCUGUUCAAGUGGACAACUACCUUAUGGUGGAGGAAUCUUCUGAGGAGCAAUUGCCUUCAGGGGAGGAAAUUCGUGAAUUCACUACCACUACAAGCGUACAAUAGUUGUAGCCUAGGAAGGGAGCGAGACAUAAAAUAUGUUGAACACAGUUUUUUGGAGGGCGAAUCGCCCAGAUAGCGGGUACAAUGAUACUUAGGUCGGUAGCUUCGGAGAGGCCGUAAACCAGUGUUAGUUUCCAACUGCAUGGUAACCGAUGGGCUCAUUCGUGAGGACUAGUUACCAACAGGCUGGGUCACUGGUUGUGUACAAUACAUUGUUCUCAAAUGAGACUAUUAUCCUUAAUACAGAGGAGACGCUUCUGCCGUACAGACAGACUUUCCAGGUGUUUGUUAAA